UUUUAAAUAAAUUAUCAUGGGUAAAAAUAAACAAUCGCAGAGAACUAAAAAUAAUGCAAGGCCAUCAAAUAGUAGUAGAAGUGCAGAGCUUCUGGGAACUCCAAUGCCCAAAUUUGUUGGGUUUUCAGCUGUCAAGGAUGGUGGCUAUGUUCCUGUGCUUCCUGGAUUAACUCUUUGUAAUUUAAAUGAUAUUGAAAUGCAUAAUGUCAAUUCUGAUUUUCAAAUUGUCUUAAAAAAAAUGAAUAAGAAGGAUGCAACUACAAAAUACAAGGGUUUGCAAGAAUUUGCAACUAUGUGUCAAACAGCAGAAUUAUCAGCAGUCGAAGGAAUGUUACCUUUUUGGCCAAGAUUAUAUAGUGUUUUAGCUAUCGAUAUUGAACAUAAAGUAAGAGAAGCUGCACAAAUAGCUCAUGCUGCUGUAGUUAAACGAGUCGGUAAAGGUAUUGCAAUGUAUUUGAAACAAGUCGCUGGUCCUUGGUUUACUUCUCAAUAUGACACUUAUCCACCCGCUGCAUCGGCUGCGGCUAAUUCAUUUAAUGAAACUUUCCCGCAAAAUAAAAUAGUGGACGUAAUAAUCCAUUGUCAACAAGAAAUAUUAUCAUAUAUUUGUGAUAAUAUUAUAACCCAAACACCGCAGUCAUUGUCUAUACAUAAAACCUUAAGCGCCGAAGAAAUGGAAACAAAGUAUCAAAAAGUAUUGGUGGCAAGUUUACACAGUUACAGCUAUUAUUUUAAAAAAGUACCCAUUCAAGAAGUAGAGAAAACUAAAGAAAUUCAUCAGAAAAUUAUAAGCAAUGGUAAAUUUUGGAAAUUAACCAAGCACGAUGCUAUUCCUAUAAGAACAGCAGUUUUUACUGCGUUAACGUCAAUAAUAGAAAAUGCUGAUUUUUUAAUACAAAAUGAAAAGAAAAGAACGGUAACAGCCAUUAUGAACAGUUUGGAUGAAACGGAACCUGCGCUUUCUUCGGCAAUCUGGGAGUCUUUGCUUAUUGCUAUUAAUAAAAUACAAGAUUGGUAUAUAGUAGUUAGUAUCGAGAAGUUAGUGUUGCCAAAAUUAUGGCGAAUUUUACGUGGUGGUGGACAAUGUUGUGCGAGUGUCGUUUAUCCUAAUUUAUUGCCUUUCCUUAGUCAAUUUCCAAAAUUAAAUAUUGAUAAUACGACUUUGUACACGAAUUUCUUUGAGAAUAUGCGACAAGGUUUUUCGGCUAAGAGCGUCCAACUUAGUCGUUCCGAAAUGUUUGCAGUAACGGUUUCUUUUAUAGAGUGUUUACGAUAUGCAAUUUUAUUGAAUGUCAAUGAGGUUCCUUUGUGUGAGAAGCUUUUGAAAGAACAGCUAAUUCCUAUAAUAGAAAUGUGUUUAGUAGAAAAUGUAGUAAUGAAACAAAUUUUAUUUUGUGAAGUUAUCCAAUUGUUGAAAUAUUGGAGUAAAAAUCGUUGCAACGAAGAAUAUAAAUCAUACCCACUUUUAAUAAACAAAUUUUGGGCAGAACUUAAACAAUUAUAUGAAAAGCUCAUAAAUAUGAUGCAAACUUCCACUUCAACAUCUAUCGUACAUAUAAGUAAUUCUCUAAUAGAACUAUUACUUAACUUAAAAAAUCCCCCAAAUAGAAGACGACAAAAUUUAAAAGUAAACUUUGCUGAAUCUAAUCAGCUUACCGAAACUAAAUGUCAAAUAGAAAAAGUAGAAGUAGAAGUGGACAAAGUUUUUCAGGGAGAACUUUUUAAUUUUGUUAAUGAAUUUUGCGUAACAUGUUUUGAUAAAAUUAAUAGAGAGCACUUCAUGGAAUAUAUCGAAUAUCUUGACAGAAUAAUCACACAUUUUGAAUGUCAAGAACUUUUUAUAGCUCUUACAAAAUCAUUAAAACCGAACAUAAGUUUCUUUGAAUUUUAUAACGAAACUUUGAAAAAUUGGUUAACGCAGGCAUCGAACAAAGAGAAAUAUGUAGUAGAAAUAAUUUUCAAACUUGUUAAAUACAUGGAUGAUAUGGAUAAGGAUAAAGUUUUAAGUUCAUUAACUGAACUUGAGAAUGUCACUAUAGUUCGAAGUAUUACAGAGUGUAUUUUAUCGAGAUUUAAUAGAAAUGAUGUUACGGCAAAAAAAUGGUGUUCACAAUCUAACGUAACAAGUCUACUUAUAGAUGUAGCCAUGGAAAUAGCUUCUGAUAAUUAUUGUAUUGAUUUAGAAAGAAAUAAAAAUUUGAUUCUAUUGGCUUUUGAUAGAUCUAAGGAUUGUGAUCUUUUAAUAAAUGAAGAUACAGCUAAUCAAAUAAUAAAAAUCCUAUGCGAUUCAAUAUAUAAAAGAAACUACGUUUCCUUGGAAAAACUUGGAAAAUUAAUUUUACAACUUGUGCCGUUUCUGUGGAUUUACAAGAGACCGAUAUCUGGUUCUCUACAAUUAUUAAAAGCACUUUUUGUACUAUGUAUUCAAUAUCCCAGUUAUUAUGAUAUAAUUUCUAUCGAUGAUAUGCGAAAAGUUUGGAAAAAUAGUCUUGUAGCAUGCAGACGAAGUCUUAAUCAUUUAGGGUUUACCAUGUUUACUAAACAUAUUGCCAUUAUUACUUGGAACGAAAUAUACAAAACACACGAAGUAGACGUAAAGGAUUCGUUAGUAGAUGUAGUAACUGAUCUUUUUGAAGUAAUAAUUUAUAAUACAUUAGUGAAUACUAUCAGCGUGAAUUCGUACGAAAAAGAAGUCAUUUCUACAUUUUUAACAGAAUCAAAUAUAAGUACAUGGAUAGCUGAAGUUACUGGAAUAGUCAUUUAUGCAGAAGCAAUAACUGGACAUUUAUAUGUAUCGAAACCCGAACAAGAGAUACGUGCAUAUCACCAUACUACAAAAAUUAAUUUAACCGAUAACGUUUCGGCAGAUAACACUGAGAAUUGCCUUAUAUGGGCUUUGUUUGUAACUAAAUUAUUAAAUAAUAUUUAUUUAAGAUAUGAACAAAAUAUUAUGAAUGAAUUGAAAUAUGAAAUUAAAACGAAAAAUCAUACUGAGAUGCAAGGAUUUACGGAAAUAUUAAUAAAUAUCCUACAUUCUGUUACUUUAGGAUAUAUUUAUGUGAAUUAUUAUAAAUCUACUAAAUGUUACAAAAAUGUGGAUAAACUUUUGACAUCCGUAAAAAAUAAUUUGAAAAGUUUACAGAAACAUAUAACUAAAAAGGAACAUGAGGAAAUUCUUCAGUAUAUUCAAAAAUAUAAGUCUGAAUAUGGAAGUAUUUUACCAUAUAUUAUUAAUGUCUAUUUUAUGGAAUUAUGUGAGCAAACAGAUCUUUUGGAAUAUUGUAAAAUGUGUAAAAACAAUGGUAUAUUUCCAGAAAAAGAUUCAUCUAAUAAAGAAGCAUAUUUACAAGCAGUGCAGAUUACGUCUCAAUAUUUAGAUCUGGAAGAGAUUCAAGUAUCAACAGAUGAUCUUCUAAGUGUGUUAAUUGUAGGAAGAAAUAUACUAUCGACUCAAGAAAAUUCUUUAGUACACCUACCUAUUUUAGAAAGAAUUGUUAUUGAUCAGUCAAAGAAUUCAAAAUUGUUCCUUCUUGAUUGCGAUGUUAGCGAAGAGUCGUGGGAAAACGUAGCUUUAACUCUAGAAAUAAUAAGAUUUCUUACGGAAUUUAUUAUAAAAAAACAAACGGAUUUAACAUACGAAAAUUGGGAUUUUAUUCUGAUUUCUUUAUCAUCUUGGCAAGCUUCUGUAAAUAAAUCUAAACAUAAUUUCAAUGAUUUCAAGGUGAUAGCAUUAACAGUAGCUGUUAGUCAGCUUUUUUAUGAAGUUCAAAGCCUGAUGCAUAAACACGAAGUAAAACCUUUGAGUGAAUUACCACCUGAUAUUUUAGAUGAAUGGAAAGCUGUCUUUGCUAAAGACAUACAUAGAAGUAUUCUAAAAACUUGGAAGCUUCAUGCUGAAUCUUAUGUCGAAAAAAUGGGAGUUUUAAAACCGAUUAUUGCUUUAGAUUGUUUGGGUAGAACAAUAAAUUUACUUUAUGCUAAAGAACUUUUCAAAAAUGAUAGUGAGUCUACCGAAAGCAAUAAUUUAGAUGAAACGAUAAAAUUGUGUCUAAAACUUAUUCAGUCUCCAGCACCGUCUAUUCAAUUGGCUGCGUAUCAUUGUUUGAAACAUGCUAUUUCUGAGCUUGUAGAAAACGACAAAACGUCAAUGGAAGCGGAAUGCUUUCAUCCACUUGUUUUGAGUAUUAGGAAUUUCGAAGAAACACUUUUGAAUAUUCAAUAUAUCGUUAACACCAUGCUUAUAGAUUUCAAAUUAUGCGACACUAUUAGUUGUACUAUUCAGCCUUAUACAGAUUCUUACACAUAUACUUUGGGUUACUUAUUGCUGUGGGCUAUCGUUUUGGAUAUGUGUGCAAAUACACAUGGUGAUUUACGCUAUCAAUACGCUGAAAUAUUAAAGAAAGAUCUAUUUCCAUCCUUAUUGAAUAAUAUAUUCCGAUUAAUGCCAGUGGAAGUAUUGCAGGAUAACAAAAACAAAGCUGCAAAAUUAGUAGAAAUGUUUUCUACCGUACCAUCUAUGAGUUUUGGAGAAAGUUGGACCGAAUGGAGAUUAGAUCAUAUAGUGUGUUGGUUAUAUACAAAUACUUUGAGGCAUUUACCAGUAUUAGUGAGACAAUGGUGGAGUACAGCUGAUAGCAGAGUUAGCGUAGCAGUGGAUAGAAUAACAAUGCAUUAUGUCAGUCCUAUGUUAUGUCAAGAAGAACUUCUUAAUAACAGGCUAGUCAAUGUCGAAAACAUGCAAGUAAAAGUUCAUCCAACGGCUAGAGAAGUAGUAGCAUUAUAUCAAAUGGAUGAUACUGAAUUAGAACUUAGUAUCGUUCUACCACCAAACCAUCCAUUGGGUCCAGUAACCGUAGAACCAGGACAACAUGCAGGAGGUACUGCCAAUUGGAGAAAUUGUCAUAUGCAGUUAUCAAUAUUUCUUACUCAUCAAAAUGGUUCAAUUUGGGAUGGACUGAUAUCGUGGAAAAAGAAUUUGGAUAAGAAAUUUGCCGGUGUUGAGGAGUGUUAUAUAUGUUUCAGUAUCUUUCAUAUAAGUACUUAUCAAAUACCAAAAUUGUCUUGUCAUACUUGUCGCAAGAAAUUCCAUACACCAUGCCUGUACAAAUGGUUUAGUACGAGUCAGAAAUCAACAUGCCCGAUAUGUCGAAAUGUGUUUUAAUCCUAAGGAAUAAAGAUAAUUCUAAUCACAUAAUAAAAUGUUAUUAUUAU